AUGACGCUAAGACUCUUUCCGAUUCUCCUUUGCCUUGUCCCAAUUUAUCAGACAAUUCCCCUAAAUUGUCCACAAAUCCUCGGAUCCGCUGGAGUCAGCGAGAAGUUUGGGAACUCGGUCGGCCAUGCGAUUGAUUUGAUCAGUGUGAGAGCUCUGAGGAGGUUCAAUCCAUCGGUCACCGAGAAGAAUCGAGUGCCAACGAUGAACAUGGACUUGACUUCGGAAGCUGGUUCUUCUACCCUAUGCCCCGGAUUCUCGAGGCUU